AUGAAACAAAGCGUGAGAUUCACCGGUCCCAAUGCAAGGCCUCGACGGCAGCUGGCCGCCCGAGCAAAACCAGUGGUUCUCAGCAAUCGAUCCAGCGGUCUGACGUACGAUUCAGGCAGGCAGGGAAAUGAUGUGAUUUUGACUCCAAACUCGAAUUAUGAACAGUCUUUUGCCAUUGCCUACUCACCCAGAAGCAGCAACUACUCCAUCACCCGCUCAGAUACCAAUCUCCACACCGACCCCGUCACACCAGCACCUGAGCCAUCAUUUCCGCAAACCAUACGCAAAUCAAAGUCCAUGUAUGGCCAGUUUGCUUUCUCGUCAUCCGACUAUGCUGGCCGCUAUAUCCGGUCGGACAAUUCGGAGCACUUGCAGGUGCCGCCACAUAAUAAUGAAACGUUUCAUCACUCCCUUAGACGAAGCCUCCGGACGCCAAAAUCGAUGAGUUAUCUUGACUAUCGGAAUAACCAGAGCAUAACCAAUAAUGACAAGACCAAACGACCAGAUGUGCUCGGCCCUGUGAAAGAGAUUCACCCAAAACGUUCGUUUCGGCACCUUAAAUCUCAUUCAUCCAUGUUCUUUCGCUCCAGGCAUCGAUGGCAGGAGAGUUCCGUGGACACAUCCACGUCGUUCUGCAACAGCAGUGACAACAGUGCUGCAAUAUCGUCGGCCUUUUCUGGCAACUCUGCACCUACCGCAAAACUCGCCAGUAUACGAUUCGCCGCCAGACGAGUUUCCAGAAGCUUUCGCAAUAAGCUGAGUAAAUUUCUCGGUCGCUCGAAAGAUAGUGACGGUGGCGAUAGGGACGCAGGAGCCAGUCAAGCCCACGAUACGGAUACUGACAGCUACCAUCAUCCGCCUGGUACCCCUCCACCCGAAGAAGCGUCGAUGUCGAGAGUUACAUCUCACGUUCCGUCGCUUCAUGCCGUCCCGUCAUGUCAGCAGAUGAGGUCGCGACAGGGAAGCUUGGAGAGCAUUUCAUAUGAUGACGGAGCUGACCUAGAUGACAAGUCUCGCAUUACCAGUUGGACAAACUCCACUGCAAACACCAUUAUUAACUAUGGCGCGAACGAAGAUCGGGAAUACCAACGUUUGUCCGUCAUCAAGGAAAAUGGCAUGCAUGUUCCGUCGUCGUCACAGAUCGGCCCGCUGCGAGAUGGCAGAACGCCAAGCGGCGAUGCUAUGAGCGUUCCAAAGUGGACAAUAAACAGCCAAAGAGUGUAUUCAGCGCUUGUGAAAAGGCUCACUAGUGACGCGCAGGCAGAGAAGACGCUGCAAGACUCGAAUCCGGCGAAACAGGGGCCCGACGACUCUGUUCCCCCGAGACAAAGUUCCCUUGACCGAGCCGCCCCGCAAACUUGCUCUCCUAGUACUGUACGUUGUAUUGGGACCGAGGACGAUGACGUUUUCGAGGAUAAGAAGGAAGCUGCUUCGUCAAGGUCAAACUUGGCCUCGAAGAUGUUCACAGACGGCGUGGAGUGCGACAAAAUUGGUCGAACAGCAUCUUAUAAAGCCUACCCCAACCCUACUGCCGGAGACGGAAAAGGACUGUCGCCUACCAAGAUUUCCUGCCCGGAACUGGCAAGCCCCAAAGCAAUGCCGCUCCAGGCUGAGAAACACUCGGCCUUUUCCCCUAGUCCAGACAAUUAUUUCUUCCGGACCACGAGCCCCUACCGUCGUACGCUGCAGAGGAGCAUGAAGGAACAUCAGGAUACUGAGCACACACACGCGCUGGACACGAGAUAUCUGAGCACCCUUUCAGCAUUGAGCCUCCCUACUCGGCGUCCAAGCACUUUGGGCUCCGAAAGAGACUUGCGCACAACGUAUGCCGAGAGCUUCUAUUCCUUUAUGACGGAUGAAUUGACGACAAGCGGCGGCGUGGAUGAUGCCGCAACCCCUCAUGGUGCGGAAGACGGACGAGAAGGGGUUGAAAAUGAGCCAUUCGGCGUCGCCAUCAGCACACCCGCUGGGACUCGAAACAUCUCGCCAGCCAGCUCGGUCGACUGGAAAAGGCGGCUCAGCGCGCACGAAUUCAAGAGCAAGACGCCUUCCAAGAAGACGACUUCGCAAAUUGGAGAUGACCCAAAAGGCGGGCCUCAACUAAAGGCUAGACAUGUUCGAGAAAAUGCGGAAAUCGACUCCCCUGCCGAGAUGAGCAAGAUUGAGGCGGCUCAAGCAACGCCGAUUGUUCCAUUGGGAGAAGGAAGUGCCAACAUUCUAGGCCCUCAUAGCGCCCGGACGCAUUGCAACAAGGCUCAGGACGCAAACUUGAAAUCUCCGGGGGCUUUUGAUGAAAACGCUUCGUCCUUUGAGAACGAGCUGGCGCGGAGUUGUGGUUCUCCUCAGCCGCCGCCCAUCCCCUAUCGCAAAAGGCUCCGCGCUAUUCCAUCCUUACCAAUUGUUGGCUGCGUUGCCGCUGCUUCCAAGUCGGUCAGUUGCGCAAGGGAUAUACCCCGGAUGCGUUCCUUGAAUACGAUUGUAUCUGCAGGUGCGACGGCGCCGGGUGGCUCGCAUGCGCAAUCUUUGGGGCAAGAGAAUGGAGCAAAGGAAGCGUUGACACCGUCCGACUUGAACGCGGAUGGGCCCGCAACUGCUGGAGGUGACGACUAUGCAAAUGCCAGGACAGGGUCUGGCAAGAGACAGGGGCCCAGCAAUCCGCCAAGUGUGCCGCACACGCCGGGAGUUGUAGCCCCCGUGACGGACGGCAUACCUGGCUCCAUGAAAUCGGAGUGGGAUGCUCAGAUCCGGGGAAGCCGGCGAAUGGUGGAUUUAUUCUUGAGCAGCCGACGAAAGGCUAUCCAGGGAACGGCGUCGAGAAACGGCAGCGAGAACUUUCCGGCCGCAUUCGUGUAG